CAAACCCAAGCCUCCUCUCCCUGCCUGCGUGCGCCUCCUCCUUAAUUUCGUUCCCCCGCGCGCUCCAGGCCAAAUCACCAGGCGCCGCCGACGCGGGCUGCUGCUGCUGCUGAUGGCGAAGGCGCGCAAGCCGACGGCGGCCGAGCGCUUCCUGGGGUUCCACAGCCGCCCGGGCUCCGCGGCCGUCGCGCCGUCCCCCGACGACCUGCCGGACCUGGCCGAGGCGGACGUCUGGUACUCGCCGUAUUCCUCGGACUCGCACUCGCCAACAACCGCCACCGCGGCGGAUCGGGCGGCGUCCAGGGGCGUGUCCCCGUCGGCGCCGCGUCGGAUAGGCGGGCUGAGCCGGGCCUUCGCGGACGGGCGGCAGGUGGCGUCCUCGGCGCCCGUCGCGGUGCCGGCCUGGGCGAGCCGGUUCGCGGAGAUGUCGCUGGAGGACCCGCCGGAGCCUGCCGCUCGCGAGAAGCAGCAGCAGCAGGAGGAGGAGGGGGGCGCCGACGACGACGGGUGGGUGCCGCCGCACGUGUACCUCGCCCGGCGCCAGGCCAGGGCGUCCGUGGUGGAGGGCGUCGGCCGGACGCUCAAGGGCCGCGAUGCGUCGCGGGUGCGCGACGCCGUCUGGAGCCGAACCGGCUUCCCCGGCUGAGGCGCCCUCGGCUGAACCGGAUUUCGAUCGGAGCUGUUGAGAAUUAAUUAGGAAAUUCGCUUGAUUUUAAUUUCUCUUUCCCCGAUCCUUCUUUUGGUCCCAAAUUUUGUAAUAUGGCUUGUUUUAUUUUUUUGUCUACUGAGAAGCAAAAAAAAUGUUUGCGAGAAGAAGACGAAUGAAAAUGUGUGGUGUGUAUGUAGUACAUUGGUUGAAUUGUUGUUUGAUUGUGAAGUUUGGUAGUAGUAAAGUACAGUGCGUACGUAGCCUCAACCGAAGAUGGUUGGAGUCUGAUAUGAUUCUUUUGUUAGUUUGAUAUGGCCUUACAAAAAUUCAGAACAGGCCAUGAGCGGUGUUGACA